AUGCUCAUCGUUCCUGCUGCUGUGUUCCUCGUGGCCGCGGCUGCUGCUUCCCAGGCCCAGUCCCUCUUCGCCGGCAGCGCCUGCUCGCUCAACAUUCCCUCGUUCUCGUCGCUGCCUUCCGACCUGGUUCUCGAGAACGGCAAGGUGGACUAUUCCAACGGAACCCUCAUCAUGACUAUGCUCCCUCCUCCUGCCGGAGCCACCGAGGGCGAGAAUGUCCUCAUCAGCUCCAAGCUGUCGCUGCUAUACGGCACCAUCGAGGCCGAUGUCAAGCAGUCCUCCGUCGGCGGCGCCAUUACCGCAUUCACCCUCUUCAACGGCACCUCCAAGGACGAGAUCGACUACGAGUGGGUCGGCAAUGACCGCAUGAUGGUCUGGACCAACUUUUUCUUCCGAGGACUGCGUGAACGCAACCCCGUCACCACCUUUGAGAUCUGGUCAUCCAGCCCGGCCGUGGCUACCGACACGUACCUAAACUUCCACAACUAUAAAGUCGACUGGACUCCAUAUGCCAUCACUUGGUAUGUCGAUGGCGCCGUCGUCCAUUCCCAAAACCGCAGUGGCACUUGGGAGCCCGCUGGCACCGGCGACGGAUAUGGCAUCAGCCACUACCAUUAUCCGGAUACUCCCUUGCAGAUCCAACUCGGAAUCUGGAACGACAAUGAAGUGCCAUGGGCCAACGGUCCCCUGGACUGGUCGGCCCCUGGCGCCCAGAACGGAUACACGGCCGAGUUCAAGUCGCUGAAGGUGACUUGCUACACUGGCCCCUAUCCCUCCAACAUGUCCGCCCCUCCUACCGAUCCUUCGUCGAGCGACCAGAAGGGAACUGCCCCGGUUAUCCAGGGCGUCGUUCCGCCCUCGGUUGCCUCCCCGAGCUCGGUUGCUGCUUCGGCAUCAGCCGCCGCUGGCGCGACCUCCACCCCAACCACGGGCCAUGCCGCCUCAGGCGCCGCGACUACCGGGCUUGCUCUUGCUGGGCAGCUCGCUGCCCUUGCCCUUGGAGUGGCCGCGAGCUAUUGGAUGCUCUAAGCGCCGUGAGCCGGAAAUGCCAGGCAUGUCUCGGCUCCUCCACUGCGAGCUGCGAUAAACAACUCUGUCCAUGGGUGGUUCUGCCGCGCCGAGCCUCCCUUCCGACAGCAAUCGAUUUCCCAUCAAGUUUCAUGACUAUAGACGUGCAUUUCGUACAAAGUCGUCUCCAGCCCGUGGCUGGACGUCAUCUCGAUUCAAAUUAAACUUUCCGUUGCCGGAUGAUCAAAUCAAAACCCC